AUGGACGCUAACUUGGUUGUGGACACAGGAGCAGACGUCUCAGUCGUCCCCGACACUGUGUAUCGCGAUGUUCUGCGACAGCCAGAGCGGGACAAGUCUCGACGUGUGCUCAAGGGCCCAAACCAACAAGAACUAGGAGUACUCGGGGUACUGCAUGACGAACUGACAUUCCAAGGAAGGAAAGUGAAUGCAGAGCUGCAUGUUGUGAAAGAUCUGGAAUGGCCACUGCUCUCCAGGAAGCCGGACACGGUCCCGUUUGCAUUGACUUCAGCUAGAAGAGUGCCAGUGGCACUACUCCCUAAGGUGAAGGCGAAGCUCCAAGCUGUGUCCAAUGAUGAGGUCAUCGAACGAGGGGAGGAACCUACAGACUGGUGUUCGGGAAUGGUCGUAGUUCCAAAAACAAAUGGACAUAUACGCAUAUGCGUGGACUUAACUGAGCUGAACAAAUACGUCAAGAGAGAAGUCCACCCACACCCGAUCAAUGAACACGUCUUCGCACAGAUGUCAGGAGCGAAAGUGUUCAACAAAUAG